CUGCUCCUGCUCUUCCUCUUCGCUUCAUCUUCACCAAAUCACCAGACGGCCAGAUCAGCAGACCUCCGCCACUGCUUCCAGUGCUGGUCACCUCCUCCUGCUCUUCCUCUUCUUCAUCUUCGCUCACUGCUGCUGCUGCACACAGGCGGCUCGCCGGCUCCACUGCCUCCACACAUUGAUGGUGUUGUUGCUCUUGAUUGGUAUUUGGGUUGUCGGUGAUCAUCGAAAGCUUCCUCCUCUCUCUCCUAUUCUCAUUUUGCUACUAAGGAAAUGAUAACUUGCGGAGAAGUAGAUUCUAAAGGUCACUUGGAAUUGAGGGAGGAUCCAGAGGCAUGGAUUAAAAAUAACCCUCCUUCUCGUCUAGCCUUGCGUUGUUAUGAAAAGGAAGAGGUAGGAGAAUCAAUAGGUGAGCUCACACAGCUCAUCCGCCUGGAAUUCUUGUACUGUGAUUCCCUGAAAUGUGUGUCUAACACCAUCACUAGGCUUCACAAAUUGGAGCACUUGCAAUUUUAUAAGUGUUAUUGUUUGGAAGAAUUGCCGGCAAAUAUAGGGCAGUUGGUGAGCCUUACUCAUCUCAAGCUUGAUUAUUGCGAGAACAUAAAGUUCCUUCCUGAUAGCAUUGUAAAUCUAUCCAAUUUGACUUAUUUAACUCUCUCUUCCUGUGAUUCCCUUGUUGAAUUGCCGGCAAAUAUAGGGCAGUUGGUGAGCCUUACCCAUCUCAAACUUAAAUAUUGCAAGAACAUAAAGUCACUUCCUUUGAGCAUUGCAAAUCUAUCCAAUUUGACAUCUUUAUCUCUCUUUUCCUGUGAGUCCCUGGUUGAAUUGCCGGCAAAUUUGGAUGGGUUGGCCCAUUUAUGUCUUCUUGAUAUUCAAUCAUCCAAAAUCAAGUGUCUUCCUUGGAGCAUCACGAAGCUACGCAAACUCCGACAUCUAAUGUUGCCCGAACAUUUCAGACUCGAAACGUUGCCAUAUGACUUGAAUCAUUCGGUCAUCAUUUCUGUUAAAGAUAGGCAUGUUCGCAAAUCCUGGGAGGAACUUAAAACAGAGAUAGGAGAAUUGCCCAUUCCUUUUGGUGGAGAAAUAAGAAAUGAUGCAGCUCAAAAUCCCUCUAUCAUAUCUCCUCCUGGUUAUCUCCGAUUGAAGGAGGAUGAUCCUUCGCAAUGGAUUAUUAAUAACAGAAAUUUACUCAUGUUGGUUCGAUUUUUGGACUUGGAAAAUGUUAAGGAGUUAACAGAUUCCAUAAUGCAAUUCAGUGAGCUCACCCACCUCUAUCUCUACUUCACUGAUCAUAUUUGCCUCCCGGAUAACUACUUUGUCACAUUCACAAGGCUUACACAUCUCUCUCUCGACUCUUCUGAUGUUGAAAUUGAUGAGUCCGUUAUUCACAGCUUAAGCAAGCUAUCCAAUUUACAAACACUACAUCUGCGAUUAUCCAUUUAUGAUAGCUUGGAAAAUUUUAAUAUGCCUGUCAGCCUCAAACAUCUCUCUUAUCAUCUUGCAAUAUGAGGCCACUUUAUGAUAGCUUGGAAAAGUUAACUAACUUAAGGAGUCUGGAUCUCAAUUCCUGUGAUUAUUGCGAGUCAUUGCCACCAUGUAUGUAUAUUCACAAACUCAGGCUUGUGGAUUGCUCCUUCGAGUCACUUGACUCACUUCCUAUUGGCCUACAUCACCUGGAAAUUUUGUUUUUCAAAGAUUAUAAUGACCUGAGAUGUAUCUUUGAAAAAUGUUGGAAUAAAUUAGUCAACCUGGAGACACUCUCCAUUACAUGUUCUAAAAUGGAGUUCUUUCCUGAAGAUAUAGCAAGACUCCACAACUUGCAAGAAUUACAACUCAAAGACUGUAUCAGCCUCGAAAAACUACCAUCAAAUCUACAUGAGUUAGUCAAUUUGCAUACUCUUGAUAUCAGCGUCACCAGAAUCAAGACCCUUCCUCCUAGUUUUGUGAAGCUGCGCAAUCUACUACACUUAAUCCUCCCCAAGUGUUUUAACUUUGAAAGAUUGCCAAGGAAUCUGAAGCAAGUGUCCAUCAUCGAUGACACAGAAGAAGCAUACUACAAGAGCAACGCCUAUGAUGCUUCCCUUUACCAAGCCUCAGCCUCCGAUGAAAGCGAAGAUGAAGUAACUGUUGUUCCUAGAGUAGAAAUUCAUGAAACUGUCCCUGAUGAGCAGACAUCAGCAGAUCCUUUCAACAGUAUAAGUAUGGGCUCUAUUGAGCACAUAACAACAGCACAAGGUGGUAUUGAGCAAG